AUGAUGGUCGGAGAGGUCGAAGUGAAGGAGCGACCAAGGCCGAGUCCCGACUAUUUGAUGCAAUUAUUAAACGAGAAAAAGCUCAUGACCAGUUUGCCAAAUCUCUGCGGCAUCUUCACACACCUGGAAAGGCUUCUCGACGAAGAGAUCAACAGAGUGCGUAAAGACAUGUACAGCGACACAGUGAAUGGCCUUGUGGAAAGACACCCUCUGGAGCUGCCUGAGCCACUCGGACCCAUCGUCCACCUGCAGGAAAAACUGUUUGUGCCUGUCAAAGAGUACCCUGAUUAUAACUUUGUUGGGAGAAUCCUUGGCCCUCGGGGACUCACAGCCAAACAGUUGGAAGCAGAGACGGGAUGCAAAAUCAUGGUGCGAGGCAAGAGCUCCAUGAGAGACAAGAAGAAGGAGGAGCAGAACCGAGGGAAGCCAAACUGGGAACACUUAAAUGAAGACCUACAUGUCCUGAUCACAGUGGAAGACACACAGGGCAGAGCUGAGAUCAAGAUGAGGAGAGCGGUGGAGGAGGUCAAGAAGCUCCUCGUACCUGCUGCGGAGGGAGAAGACAAUUUGAAGAAGAUGCAGCUGAUGGAGCUAGCCAUUCUCAAUGGGACAUACAGGGACAACAACAUCAAAACACCCACCCUUGCAUUCUCUCUUGCAGCGGCAGCAGCGGCCGCUCAGGGCCAACGUCUCAUAACGACCCCCUCAGGUCAGGUGUUGCCUGCCCAGGCACUCCGGCCCCAAACACCAGGUGGGGGCCAGAUCAUGAACCUCAUCCGGCCCUCUCAGAUGGCUGCCAUGCUGCCCAAUGGCACCCCCACCCUGGUGCCUCCCUCACAGGAUGGUGGGCUUAUCUACACCACCCCUUAUGAUUACCCUUAUGCCCUGGCACCCACCUCCCUGCUGGAGUACCCCAUCGAUCACAGUGGGGUUCUAGGUAAGAGAGCCUGGGCAAGCAUGGGUCCAGUAGGUACAGCCAGCUUUGGCCAGCCUGGACACGAGGCCAGCUUGUUUUACCCUGGUGGGGUGCUGGAAGCGGCUGCCAUGAGCCACAAUCAGGACUUGUUGAAAGGUGCAAUGGCUACUAAAGUGAGACGGCAUGACACGCGGGUCCAUCCUUACCAAAGGAUUGUGACCGCUGACAGAGCCGCCACCGGCAACUAACACAUGACCUUCUGACCUCUGAACUCUUCACCCAAUGACGAGCCGCCCCAAGCCUGCCUGCUGAUCAGUUAACUGGUAAUUGCCUUUUGCUAGCCUCUCGGACGCAAGUGAGAGAGAAAGAGAGAGAGAGAGAGGCGCCUGCCCGUACAGUUACCAUAACACGUUCUGACAAAAAAAUAGAAACCAACGCAGAAUCUUCACAGAAACACAACAAAACCCAACAAAGUUGUGUAAUAUUCAUUUUUUUCCCUAUGUUCAUUGAGUUCAAUUCCCAUUCUUUCUCUUUCUUUUUCUUCAUGAAUCAUAUACUGGGUGGAUGUGUUUGUGGUAUUACUCAUAAAUCUGCACUGAAUUAUAUAGCAAUAAAGACCCCCACCCCACCUGUCCACCCACCCUCCCUUUUAAUCGCUCUAAUUUGGUGACAUCACUUGUAUGAAUCAAAGUUCAAUGAAUGCAUCUAUUUGACGCAAACCAUUUGGUUACAGAUUAAUGACAUCAUCCCCUUCCCUCCAAAGAAAACCCUUAAAAGCCCCAGCCCUGUUCCAACACCCACCUAUUAGCAGAGAAAAAGAAAUGGAAGGAAAGAGAACAUAUACUCACAUUAACUUGUUUAAUUUCUGUCAUUUUUCACAUGUAGUGCAGUUGUUGAGCUCUAAAAAUGUAAUUAUGAGCUGACACAUUCUGGAUGUGCCCCUCCAAACAACUUUCUGUCUGUUUUUAAAAAAGCAUGGCUGAAAUGAUUGCAAAAAGAGCUUUUUAUGAUUUAUGUGUUUUUUCUUCUGUCUUUUUGUUUUUGGCUGCAAUUUUAAGUCAUUUUCUUCACUUGAUUUUGGUUUCUCUGUUGUCCAUAUUUGACUAAUUAGCUUUGCUUAAAUUGACUAGCCAAAAUUAGGCAGGUGGUUUUCUCUGGAAAACAAAACACAAUCUGAUGUUUGAAGCAAACUGCAGAAACUAAGAAAUGAUGAAGGGCAAGAUGGGAAGGUCACUUUUUGGGCUGAUGGGUCUCUGUGUGUGUGUGUGUGUGUGUGUGUGCGUGUGUGUGUGUGUCUUUAAUUAAUACUACAAUGAAAGUAGGGUGUGCUGAGGCUUCGGGGACAUUGGAGCAGUGCUUUUUAGCUACUGACCAUUGAUACGCCCCCAUCCACACUACAUCCAUUAUACAGUGCCUGAUGUAUUUAGAAAAAUAUCUCAAUGAGUUAGCUGAGCUGUGAUUGAAAAGACAAAAAAAAAAAGUAUUAAGUGUGCAUAUUUAGCCAAAGGGUUUUCCAAUGAAUUAUAUAUCUGCAAUUAUGCAUCUGUCUCACAGAGGGCUCUCUCUUGUGAUUUUAGAGUGUGGAAGGGUGUGAAUUUGUGGUGCCUGCCUUCAGCUGGAACAGACAGCCAGUCAGUUAGAAGAGUUUUGACCCAUUAACGCUAUUUUUUUUUCUGAGGAGGUGAACGCAGGCAAUUAACACUAAAUCAACACGCUACUCAAUUACAGUACAUUGCUAAGGGGAAGGGCACUUUGAAGUUUUGUACAUAAAUGCUUUUGUCAUGAAGCUUCUAUAUUGAGUUGUUUCAUCCGCCACAUUGCCAAAAGAGUGUAUUUUUUAUUUUUGCAUCUCAACAUUUGGCCUUUAUUUUUAUUUCUUUUGUCUUUUUAUUUCUAACCCCAGUCAUCAGUUGGGACAUAGGGGUAGCCAUAAUCUGAGCCUUCUUGCAAAUAAGAAAAUAUAUUUUUUGGUUUUGAUUAUUUUAGUGCUGAAACGUUUAUUUUGAACACAUGACGAACCCUCCAAAAGCGCAUCCACAAUGUGUCGCACCUCCCUGUGAUCGUAGUGUAGCUCCUGAGCCCACAAUCUUUUGUUCAACUCUCUCAAGAAAAAAUAGGAUGUGAAAGCCAUGCCUGCCUGUUCAAAUUGCUUUAUACAUACGUCUUAUAUAUAAAUAUAUAUAUAUAUAUAUAUAAAUAUAUAUAUAUUUAUUUAUAUAUAUAUAUAUAUAUAUACAUAUAAAUAUAUAAAAAUGUAGAUAUCUGUCAUUGCAUAUACAAAUACAGAAGAGAACAAAAAUAGAUAAUUUUACAGGGUGCUGGAGAAAAGAAAAAAAGAAAAAAAAUCUAUUUUUGGCAAUUUUAGCUUUUGAUACUUUACUUGCAGUUACAAAAUCUGAAAAAAAUCUAAUAAAAAAAAAAAAGUAUAGGGGGAAAACAGAAAAAUCGAGUGGGUGAGGGGAAAAAGUGCUGUUACUUGGAUAUGAUUGGAAAAGAAGACGAAGACCAAAACCGUUGAAAAGUUAGCGAGAAUCAGAACGAGAGAGACGCCUCAAAGAGAGUUUUAAAAGGAUCAAAUCAAAGUGCCUUAUCAACAGUGGUUUCUGUUUUCUGAGUAUUCCAGUUGUGUUCUAUAAUAUCCAGCACCCACCAAGAUGGCGCAGAGAGGAAUGGCUAGUGUUACACGCUCUGAAUAGUCGAGCAGGGUAGCUCCCACUUUGUCGUGGUGUUACCGAAGUUAUUCUAUGCAAAAAGAAUAGCAGUCGUUAUGACCAGCUAAAAAUAUGUGCCAUGGUUUUGUCUUCCUGAAAUUAUUAUUAAUUUUCUUUUCCUUUACUUGAUGGCCCUUUACUCUGCUGUAUGUGCAGGAUCUGUUCUCUUUUUAUUUAGAUUUUAAUGAUCAUAUGAAAUAUUGUCUUGAUUUUUGGUGACUGUGACUAAUUUCCUAGAACAAAUUGAACUGCCAAGAGCAAUGCAGUAGUCUGCCAGAACAUGUUUUGAUCAUGAGUUGAGAAAAAUACAUAACGUUUAAGGUAAUGGAUAGGGAAAGGGGGAGUCAUCCCCGCCGGCAUUAAACCCAUUUGUUUCAACGGCUGAAAACUGGAAGCAUCCAGUCCAUAUCUCUCUGUGUCAGUUUGACAACAAACUAUCAAUACAAUCACGAGAUUCAUAAUGGACGAAUGAAAUGCUGGAUAAUGAAACAAGCAACUCUAUUUCACAGCCAGAUAGUUUUCAGUUAUUGAAACAACUGACCGUUUAAUGCUGGAAGGUUGAAGGAAAACAACUCACAACAUAAAAUUGAGGAAUUCUUAGAACCCAAUAUUACCCAUGGCAGUUUGUUUUUCUAUUCAUAGCUCUUCAUCAUGCUGUUACACCGAAAGGUCAAUGAAUUAUUCUUUUUCAGUGUUAUUAUUUUAAAUUGAAAUGCAAUAUUAAAGUGGAGCAAGUGAUGGCUAUUCAGCAUUUGACAGUAUUAAAAAAAAUUCCCUCUGCAAUGUUACAACUUGCUGUGUCAUUGUGAAAGGCUGGAUAAGUCCAUCAGGUGAAAGGUGAACUCUAUACCGACCGUAUUCUCUCUGGCCUGCCUACUACAUGUAUAAUAAUGUAAUUAACAGCCAUUGUUACAGGUUUAUAAUGUAUUUUUCUAAUCUCAUUUUAUAUGUAUAUUAAUCAUGUUUCUGAGUGCUUUUUCUUUUUUUAAAUGAAACCCACUGCAGCUUCCCCCCCCCCCCCCUAAACUGCCCCUCUCUUCCUCCCCCCUCCCCCUUCUCUUUUACAUCUUGAAAACUGUCUCUUGUGGGGAGUGUUGCCUUUUCCCUGUUAUAUUUGGUUUUGUUUUCUUGCCAAUUCCCAGCUUGUUUAACUCAUUAGCUACUUUAUUAGUUUCUUGUCAUAAGUAUUUUUACAUGCUUGCAUUUAGUUUUCAUGGUGUAUGCUGUUAUUUUUCUUAUUAACCUCUUGGCAUUUAUUUUAAUAAAACAUUCUUAGUAAGAAUUUUACUAACUUGCUGAUAUUUUGUCUUGUGUUUUUAACCAGUUUCAUGAAUGUAUUACCUUGGUCUGGUUCACGGACUAACACAAUUAAAACUGGUGUCUGGCCACCACUCACACUGACUAGACACUACCGACACUGACCGCACUACAUAAACACACACACACACACACACAUUAGUCAACUGUGCACAUAUGCUCUACAUACACAUGCGCACACAACCUAACUGGAAACUGCACGAGAUGAUAAGCGUCCCUCACUCCCGCUCACGCACUCUCACCUCCGUGCUGGAGAAAUCUGCUGACACUCCUCAUACUUGCCCUCCUCGCUCAUUUCCAACACCGCUGCUGUGUCUCGUCGUCUCUGUGAGAAACAACUCUCUUGUUAGUUGUCCUGUCCUUCUGUGUCACUGACCCCGUGAGAUGACAGGAAGUGUUGCAAUGUCUGGGAGGGGGAGGGGGGCGUAGGUGUAAACUGCUCAUUAUUUGAGGUCACUGGUUAACCUUUGCAAAGCACACUCUGACUAUAAGGUGAUUGGUCUGUAUACACUAAAAACUCAAAUUUCCACCAGUGUCCUCUUUUUUUUUAACCAUAUUUUAGAGCAGGGCUAAACGUAUUCUUAGAACAACACUGCGUAUUAGUCAACUCAUAAGGGUUAAUUUUACUGUGAAUUCUGUAGAUAGCAGGACAUCUCAUGAGCACACUUUAUAGAUGUGUUAUUUACAACAGACAAAUUGAUGAGUUGUGUGAUCGCCUAAAGCUGUCGCCAGUCUUUUUAUUUGUUAUCUCCAUUGCCUCCAUGGCUUGUUAUGCCUGGAUAGCAGCAUUAUAGUUAUCACCAGCUGUCGCCUGUUUGGUGAACACUUCUCCCCAUUCAGCUUAUUGAUAUAAUGGCUAAUACUGGGCCAUUUGGGAGCAUCCAUAAAGCUUAGACACACACCAGUACACCGUGCCAAUAUGAAGUACUCUGGGAUCUAAACAACCUUACUCUUCCUUCCAGUGUAAAAUGCCAAUAUGGCUUUCAGCUAGCUAGCAUUGUUUUCCGUCUGAAACACUGCCAGUGUGUGUUGUUCAUUCUACCACUGUGUCAGUGCACUCGUCCCUGGGUUCAUUCAGCUCUCUUGUCUCUAUUCAGCUUUUUUUCCCCCCACUCCUCCACUAAUUCAAGGUAUUGACACUGACACACAAGCAAAAGAUUAACUUCAUUAAUCCCUAUUAUUACUUUAACCCACUGAGUGAUGCCUCCAGAUUAUUUUUCUUCUUUGUUUAUUUCUCCUUUUUAAAUCUGCACAACAAAAAACAACUUGGCCUUAACCGCUCUUCAUGUCUCAGCAAGGAAAGAACAAGGAUUAAAAGUGUCUUACAUCAAACCUAACACUUCUAUCCUCUUUGAAAUUAACAUUUUUUGUGUCUUUGAUCUGAAAAUGGGUGUUUUCCCCUAACAUCUGCUUAAGCACCAGCAAGUAGAGACAAGAUUGGAUUACUGACAGCCAGUAUGUAGGAUUGCCCUUUAAUGUUUUUGAUUGGCUCCUCUGUACAUUAUGCAACUUGAGCUAAAAAUCCGUCCAUUAAAUCCAUCUAUAUAGUAUUUAUACUGUAACAAGCUUCGCCUUUUAUAUACUUUUCAGGCUCGCCUCAACCACCAAGCUGAUAAAAAUACGUUAAGUGGAGCACAAUGUAUUACAAAUACUGCCUAAAAUAUCACAUCUGUGAGUAAAGAAGUGCCUUUUUUUCCCUGCAAUUUGGGAAAUUAUAUAUUUUUGUACUUUAUCCUUCAAGUGCCUAUUUUCUGUCUUUUAUCUCGCCAAAAGCUUUUUUGUAGAGCACAAAAGAAACUGAACACGCUCGGCACAAUGCUCUUUAAAAUAUCAACUGGGAAAGUUUGACCAAAAAUUGGGAAUUUGGUCUCGGAUGUUUCCCGCCAUUAAACUUUGGUUUAAUGGAUCCUGUGUUGAAUUUGAUCGCCUCUCAAAUCUGUCGCAGGGCAUUCAGAGCAUUUAUCUACUAACUACCUUUUCACCUGUCAAUCUUUUAUUUUUCUUCUGUUCUGUUUAACAAACAUUCCUCCAAUGAGUUAAACGGCAGGUUAACCAAUCAGUAUUGGUCUCAGCGAUUUAGCACUCAGGUGGUUAAAGGGCAAAUGCUACCAAAAUACAGAAUGAUUUUUUUUUUUUUGCCCCACUGGAUUUUUGUGUUUUUCUUUUUCUUUAUUUUUUGACUGUGAUAAGUAUGCAUAAAAAGUAAUACUUUUUUUCCUCCUAAAAUUAUACUAGUAUGGUAUAAACUUGUAAGUUCCUCAUCCAUAUAGCGGUGCACUAAACAUCUGUGAGAUUUUUUCUUUUUUUGUGGAGUUGUAAGUUAUGUGAAGUAGCCUUUAUUUUGUUUUGUGUUACCUUGUUUUUUAUAGAGGGUUAGACUGAGAAUUUUGAGUAGGGUGUAAAACAUGUAAUGCCAGUUUUUGUUGCUCACACCAAAAGAAAAAGGAAAAACAAAUGUCAUGUGUGCAAUAAAGAACCAUAUUUACAAGCUUC